AUGUCCGCCAAAGAGCAGAAGAAGAAGAUUGCCGUGGCCUUCAAUGAUGGCAACGUGGGGACCGAUGAGCCCAUUACUGCCAUCAUGCUGGCCUUGAUCCUGCGACAGAUCAUGCCCUCCUUGGGCAUUUCUCAGGUGAACGACAUGGUCAGCAGUCACUUCGCCGAGUGCGGGAAGCUGGGUGAGACCACCUUCGCGGAGUUCUUGGAGUGGCUCUUUGCGGAGAACAAGGAAGCACCUGCAUCGGAGGCCAAGCCAGCGAAGGCGCCCUCGCCGCCGCCGGUUGCGCCGAAGGCGAAGGCGGUGGCGGUGCCGAGACCCGAGACGAUGCCGGCAGAAGCGGCUGAGCGCUGGAAGCAGUUCCAGGAGCUGCUGAAGACGCGGCAGUACCUGGAAGACGGCUCCACCUCGCACCCGCUCUGCUACUACGUGCAGCUUUGCAAGCAAGCCUUCGCAGAGGCCAAGUACGAGGACACCACCAUCCUCCUGGAACGGAUCAGCAACAGCAUCGUGGAGGAUGAGAAACGGAUCGCGGCGGCCUUCGACCACUUCGACAAGGAUGGCUCGGGGGUGCUCGAGCGCCAGGAGUUCCGGUUCAUGUGCGCCUACUUGGGCUGGAGCUCUGAAGAGUCCAACAGCAACCGGCUGAGAUGGGGCAUAGACGUAAACCAGGAUGGCACGGUGAGCUUGCCGGAGCUGCAGACCUAUGUGGGCCACCUGGGCGGCGUGCAGAAGUUCUUCGAGCACCGCAGGCAGCGGGUCUCCGCCUCCCGGAAGGACGUGCGGGACAUCUGCCCCAUCGUGGGAGUGGAGGUGGGGGCGCGGGUGCGGAGCCACUUCUACUACAAGAACGGCCAGAAGUCCAAGUCCUGGCGCGAAGCCCAGGUGCUGUCGGUGCACGCGGAGUACCACGGGGGCCGAGGGAUUCUGCUGGAGUUCGGCUUCGACGAGGCCCAGGGCACCAAGGAUUGGUGUGCCCGCCAGGUGGUGCCGCCCAGUUGGAUCCUCAGCAGCAGCGACGAGACCUCCAUGGCCGCGGCGCUCCGGGAGGUGGGCAUCCUGGACGACUCCCAGGCGAUGUGGCGCAUGGUCUUCCCCAUGUCCGAGCUGCGGUCCAUCCAGGCUUUGGUGAGCUGCCAGCGCUCGGCGCUGGCGCAGAUCCGGCAGCAGGCCUCCGCUAGCCACGAGAACGCACUGCCGGAGCUCCGCGAUAAGUUCGCCUCGCUGGGCUACGGGGACUACGAGAUGGACGCCGUCUUCAGCUGGGUGAAGGACUUGGCCCCGCUGGUGGUCCACGUGCACCUGGAUCAGAUGGGCCAGUUCCUGGAGUCCGACGAGUUCUACCGGAACCAGUUCGAGACCAAGACCUCCUGCGGGGCCCUGGACGACGGCAAUGAGACCAGGAUUGGUUGGGAGCGGACGCUCUUUGGGGACGCCUACGAAGGGUCGAAGCCCUUCGACCGCUGCAAGUACGGAGCGCUGAACGUGACCAACGACUUUCGAGGAGCGUGA